CUCUUCACACCCACUCAACCCCCCACGCCAGACAUUCAAGUUUCUUUUCAAGGUAGCAUAGCUUUUAAUGUCCUACUCCGAUUAUUGUACCGUCAUUGUGGACCUUGACAAGAUGAUUUCCAUUACCAUUUCGUCCGACACCGUUGCUGAUUCUCUUUCGUAUGAUGAGCUCAUACAAGCUAUAACUGACCUCGCACGAGUCAAAGUCGAAGCCGAGAGAUAUUCGAUGUGGUUGGUUGGAGUUAUGGUCAAAAUGCUUUGUUUCCUCUUCCUGUCCCCUCUUAUCGUUGGCUUCUUCAAACCAUUUAUCGAAGAUGCUUCGACUGCAUCAAAAACGACCGGGGCCAGCAACUCGAGCCGCGAUACCAAACCACACCUCAGACAGAUAACCGACCACAAGAACACUCGCCGAGAUUCUCCCUGUGUGUGUCUGACUAUGAUAGGCAGAAAUACUCCUUGCCCACAGCACAGAUCAUGAUACAACCAUGUCAUUGCCUCCGCUGCUAGAGCCGAGCUCAGACAGAGCAACAACUAUUGGGAAGCCCGCAGAGAUAUCGAGU